GGCUUGCGCCGCUGUCGCCGUCCUGCGGCGUGUAACGUGGCACGGUGUCCUUUCCAGAUGCCCGAGGAAACCCAGACCCAAGACCAGCCGAUGGAGGAGGAGGAGGUGGAGACGUUCGCCUUUCAGGCGGAAAUUGCCCAGUUGAUGUCAUUGAUCAUCAACACGUUCUACUCGAAUAAAGAGAUAUUUUUGAGGGAGCUUAUUUCAAAUUCAUCAGAUGCUUUGGACAAAAUCAGGUAUGAAAGCUUGACGGAUCCCAGUAAACUAGACUCGGGGAAAGAGCUGCACAUAAAUCUCAUUCCGAACAAGCAAGAUAGAACCCUCACUAUUGUGGAUACCGGAAUCGGAAUGACCAAAGCCGAUUUGAUCAAUAACCUUGGUACUAUCGCCAAGUCUGGGACCAAAGCGUUCAUGGAAGCUUUGCAGGCUGGUGCAGACAUCUCUAUGAUUGGCCAGUUUGGUGUUGGGUUUUAUUCUGCCUAUUUGGUUGCUGAGAAGGUGACCGUGAUCACCAAACAUAACGAUGAUGAGCAGUAUGCCUGGGAGUCUUCUGCGGGAGGAUCGUUCACAGUCAGGACUGACACAGGCGAACCAAUGGGUCGUGGCACAAAGGUUAUCCUCCAUCUGAAAGAAGACCAAACAGAGUACUUAGAGGAAAGAAGAAUAAAGGAGAUUGUGAAGAAGCAUUCUCAGUUUAUUGGCUACCCCAUUACACUGUUUGUGGAGAAGGAACGAGACAAAGAAGUCAGUGAUGAUGAGGCUGAAGAAAAGGAAGACAAAGAGGAGGAAAAAGAAAAAGAAGAAAAGGAAUCAGAAGACAAGCCUGAAAUAGAAGAUGUUGGCUCUGAUGAAGAAGAAGAAGAAAAGAAAGAUGGUGACAAGAAGAAGAAGAAGAAGAUCAAGGAGAAGUACAUUGAUCAGGAAGAGCUGAACAAAACAAAACCUAUUUGGACCAGAAAUCCUGAUGAUAUUACUAACGAAGAGUAUGGAGAAUUCUAUAAGAGCUUGACCAAUGACUGGGAAGAUCACUUGGCAGUGAAGCAUUUUUCAGUUGAAGGACAAUUGGAAUUCAGAGCCCUUCUUUUUGUCCCAAGACGUGCUCCUUUUGACCUGUUUGAAAACAGAAAGAAAAAGAACAACAUUAAGUUGUAUGUUCGCAGAGUCUUCAUCAUGGACAACUGUGAGGAGCUAAUCCCUGAAUAUCUGAAUUUCAUUAGAGGUGUGGUGGACUCGGAGGAUCUUCCUCUAAAUAUUUCCCGUGAGAUGUUGCAACAAAGCAAGAUUUUGAAAGUUAUCAGAAAGAAUUUGGUCAAAAAAUGCUUAGAACUCUUCACUGAACUGGCAGAAGAUAAAGAGAACUACAAAAAGUUUUACGAGCAGUUCUCUAAAAAUAUUAAGCUUGGAAUUCAUGAAGACUCUCAAAACCGGAAAAAGCUUUCAGAGCUGUUGAGGUAUUACACAUCUGCUUCUGGUGAUGAGAUGGUUUCUCUCAAGGACUACUGCACAAGAAUGAAGGAAAACCAGAAACACAUCUAUUACAUCACAGGUGAGACCAAGGACCAGGUAGCUAACUCGGCCUUCGUGGAACGUCUUCGGAAGCACGGCUUAGAGGUGAUCUAUAUGAUCGAGCCUAUUGAUGAGUACUGCGUGCAACAGCUGAAGGAGUUUGAGGGCAAGACUUUAGUGUCAGUCACCAAAGAGGGCUUGGAACUUCCAGAAGAUGAAGAAGAGAAAAAGAAACAGGAAGAGAAAAAAACAAAGUUUGAAAACCUCUGCAAAAUCAUGAAGGACAUCUUGGAGAAAAAAGUAGAAAAGGUGGUUGUGUCAAACCGGCUGGUGACAUCCCCAUGCUGCAUUGUCACAAGUACAUAUGGCUGGACAGCAAACAUGGAAAGAAUCAUGAAGGCUCAAGCCCUAAGAGACAACUCGACAAUGGGUUACAUGGCUGCGAAGAAACACCUGGAGAUCAACCCUGACCAUUCCAUCAUCGAGACCUUAAGGCAGAAGGCAGAGGCUGACAAGAACGACAAGUCUGUGAAGGAUCUGGUCAUCCUGCUCUAUGAAACUGCACUCCUGUCUUCCGGCUUCAGCCUGGAGGAUCCCCAGACACAUGCUAACAGGAUCUACAGGAUGAUCAAACUUGGUCUUGGUAUUGAUGAAGAUGACCCCACCGCUGAUGACAGCGCUGCUGCUGUAACUGAAGAGAUGCCGCCGCUGGAAGGAGAUGAUGACACGUCACGCAUGGAGGAAGUAGACUAAACUCUGCCUGAGGAGUCACUUGUACACAUGUUCAGUACUUUGUCUUCGUUCUCUCUGAUAAUAUAUUUGCAAGGAUUUUUUCUUUAUUUUUGUUAACAUUUAAAAAACGUGUUAUGGCAUGACAAUAACUACUUAAGGGGAUAAGAUUUCUUUCAACUUCUGAGUGUGAUACUGUGAUACUUUAGGCACUAAAGCAGAGCUAGUUUUUCUUUUCUAGUUUCAUGUUGGCUUAUUUUAACAGAUUGAGGUAAUGUUCGUUGUAAGACGUAUGUAACCUAAUGUUAGCUUUGUGGUCUGAAGUGUUUAGCUUCAUCAAGCAGUUUCCUUAGUAGACCAAAUCUUUUGUCGCUGAAGUGUUCUGAGAUAGACUUUGAUGUUUAAAGGAAAAACAUUUGUUAAAACAACUUGCAUCUUCUAGGAUCUGCUUUUUAAACCUUCCAUCCCCAGUAGUUAUCAAUUGCAUGUACCAGUCCUCUAGAAAUUAGUGUGUUAAGCUGAACGAACUUGAUGGGAGUAACUAUCCACUGGGCUUGUUUUCCAAAGAAAAGUAUUGUGUAGAGUAGCACAAGUAUAAGCUGCCCUGUGCGUGUGUGAAGCUGUUGGAAAAUGACUCAGCAAGUUUUGUGAAUGGCAAUGUGGUGCCCAAGUCACAUUUUGCUUUAAAAUGUUGUAACAAAUAGAAAU